AUGUCUUCAUCAAAUGUUACUACUUCAUCUGCUAUUCAAAAUGAAAUUGAUACAAUUAAUUCGUUUAUUAUUUCAUAUGCACGUUAUGUGUAUCCUAUUAUCUUUUUAUUUGGUAUUAUUUGUAAUAUUUUAAACAUUUAUGUUUUUACACAAUCAACUUUAAAACGAAAUCCAUGUUGUAUGUAUUUCUUGGCAUCAUCUUUCGCUGCACUUAUAUAUACUGCUGUGAAUCUACCACUUCGAACUCUUCAAAUGGGAUACAAUAUUGAUCCAACUGUCACUGUGCUUGUAGUUUGUAAAUUAAAAAACUUUUUUGUAUAUACAUGGAGAGCAUUAGCAGUAUGGUUUCUGACUCUUGCUUGUAUUGACCGAUUUUUACAUAGUUCAUCAAAUGUCAAUUUUCGAGGAUGGAGUAGCUAUAAAGUGGCUUCUCGUGUAAUUCCUUUAACAUUUCUUUUAGCUCAUCUUGCAUAUUUACAUGUGGCAGUUUUUUAUGAAAUUCUUUUACCUCGUCGAACUUGUUCAAUUCUAAGUAGCUCUUAUGCAAUGUUUCUUGGUAUAUGGCAUCUACUUACAUAUGGCACAGGAGCCCCUUUGCUGAUGCUAUUUUUCUCUUUACUUACUAUUCAACAUAUUCGCCAUCGACAAAUAGUGCCUGUAAAUUCACAAAUAAAUGAAGCAAUUAGAAAAUCAAAUAAAGAUAGAAGUUUGGUUCGUAUGGCUUUAUUUCAAUGCUUAAUAGUUGGAUUAACAACAACUGCGUAUGCUGCUUUUCAAUGGUAUUCUACAUUAACAUCAAAUCAAGUUAAAAGUAAUCUUCAAUUAACAAAAGAUAAUUUAGCGGCUAAUAUUGUUGGAUCCAUUUCGGCAGCGGGUCAUAGUACAACGUUUUUUAUUUUUACGUUAACAAGUCGAAUGUUUAGAAAACAAUUAUUAUGUCAUCAUCGUCAAGAAAUAUUUUAA